GGAACUAGGAAAUGGGGGCACGACUCCUCGUUCCAUCUCUAGCAGAACUACAAACUCCUCCAUUUAUAGUAAAACGUUGAAACAGUUCAGCAAAUGCUAAAAGAUCGAUAGAGGAAUUCCACUGGCCUAGCCGCGUCGAAGUUACGAACUCGCGUUCUCAUUGGUCACAUGCUUUGACAGAAUGGGUCAAGUGACAUUAGUCACCUGAUGUUUUCUUAAACAUGGCGUCUUCCAAAGCCUAAAGCCAAGUACUGGGUUCCGCGAUGCGCUGGCUGCUGUAACCCAAUACUGACGUCACCGUUUGCUCCGCUGCUCCUCUGUGAUUCUGUAUAACCGGAAAAGUCGCGUUUCUACGACUCAGCAAUGAACGGGCCGGCGAAUUGUUCGGCAGAAACGCCAGUGUGGGAGAGACCCUGGGGCCUGGAAGAGAUCAGGCGGAGCAGCCAGAACUGGUCACUCGGUGCUGAUGCCGGGCUUUUGAAUUUUCUUCGGGAGUUCUCUCAGCAAACCAUAUCAAGGACACAUGAAAUUGAGAAACAACUGGAUGGGCUCAUUCGCGAAGCAAAGGCCACAGACUGUCGCCUACACAAUGUUUUUAAUGAUUUUCUUAUGUUAUCUAACACUCAGUUCAUAGAAAAUAGAGUGUAUGAUGAAGAGGUUGAAGAUCACGUUGUUAAGGCAGACGCUGGGAACAAACCUGAACAGGAGAAAACCCGGGAGCAGAAGGAGGCAGAGCUGAUCCCAAAAAUACAGGAAGCUGUAAACUAUGGACUGCAAGUACUGGAAAAUGCUUUUGAGCAACUGGAUAUAAAAGCAGGGAAUUCUGACUCGGAGGAAGAAGAAGUUAAUGAACGAGUGGACCUUAUACUAGAGCCAAAGGAUCUUUAUAUAGACAGGCCUCUGCCUUUAUUAAUUGGGUCACAGCAAUUUAUGCAGCAAGAAGAUGUUGGUCUAGGAGAUCUCUCAAGUGAAGAAGGAUCGGUGGACAAUGAUCGGGGGAGCAUUAUUGACAGUGAAGAUGAAAAAGAAGAUGAGGAAUCAGAAGAUGAAUUUGACAACAAUUCUGAGGAGGAAAAGAAACUGCACUCUGCAUUGAGUGAUGAAGAUGAAGAUAAUGGCUCAGAUCUGUUUGGUGAUUCUGACAAAGAAGAAGAAGAAGAAGAAGAGGAGGAAGACAAUAAAACUACUAAGACAAGAACAAGAUCUUUUGCUGAUGAACUGGCUGCUCGCAUACAAAGCGAUAUCCCCAGGACACAGGAAUCUGAUCAGUCAUCUGUAGCGUCUUUGGAAGUGAAAAACAAGAAAGAAAAAGAUAAGAAAGAAGUGAAAAAACUCCCCUCUGAUGAUGAAGAGGAUGAUUUUUUUAAACCACCCAAGCUUACUGAUGAAGAUUUCUCACCUUUCGGCAGUAAAGGAGGACUUUUCAGUGGUGGAAAGGGGCUUUUUGAUGACGAUGACGACGAGGGCGAUAUCUUUGCUGAUGUCCAGAAGAAGGAAGUCAAGAAAACAGAACCGAGUCCAUUGAUAAAUUCAGAGACCACAAAGGUGAAAAAGAAGCCACCUGUUGGCGGGGUCUCACUUUUCCCAGGUGGGGAGAACGUGAUUGGUUCCUCAAUCCUGGCUGAAAAGGAUAAAAACAAAUCACUGACUCCUACAUUAGAUGUUGCUCCCAAACCUCCACCAAGCUCAAGUCUAUUUGCUGAUGAUGAAGAUGGACUAUUUGGCUCACCCAAUACACAUACAAGUAAACCAGAGAGAAGUCAACCAACAUCCGAUCUGUUUGCGGACGAUGAUGAUUUGUUUCAAGACAAACCCUCUGCGCCUAUUGUUGCAAAAAACAAAGUUAAAGAGAAUGAUUCAGCUAAGGAGAACAAUAUAGAAAGCAAGAACCAUGAAGUGCCUGUCGAAAAAUCGAAGCCCCUUGAAUCUUCAAUGAAAAAACAAACCAAAGGGCUCUUUUCCGAUGAGGAUGAUUCUGAGUCGGAUCUGUUUUCUCCCGUUCAAAGUUCCAGUAAGAGCAAAAGCGCCGUCUUACCAGCAGCAAAAACAGCCUUGUCUCUUUUUGAUGAUGAAGAAGAGGAUUUGUUCGCUUCUGUACCAGAUAAGAAGCAAACAGUUACUGUCAAAAAGCCAGCACUUCCAGCCAAGUUAGCUUCUGAGGAGAACGCUCCAAAAUCCGGCCUCUUCAGCAGCGAUGAAGAGGAUCCCAUCGGAACUUCAAAUCAAACAAAUGCAAAAGAUGCAGCAAAAAUAAAGAGGGAAGAGCCAUCGGGAAAGAAGACGACAACUUUGUUUGAUGACACAGAAGAUCUUUUUGCAAUCACAAAAGAUAGCGAAAAGAAAAAUAAUCGUGUUUCAUUGUUAUUUGAAGAUGACAAUGAAGGAUCUUUAUUUUCUUCAGUAUCUAUACCUGCUGCUCCUACAAGCCAAACUCCCCUAAGCCCUAAAGUAAGUCUGGAAGAAUCUAAAGAUGCUGUACCCAAUAAGCUUGCACAUAGCUCUAAGAAGGAAUCUUUGUUAGAUAAACCGAAGAAAACAACAGAGGUUAAAAAAUCAGAACCUGAACCACCAUUAAGUGGCUCUGAGAACAAGGAACCAUUGCAGGAAAGUGAAAAGGUGAAACAAUCUGCUUUCACAGAGCCCAGAGAAGAUAACUUCUUUGCAACAUCCCCUCCAGUUGAUAAACAUGGAAAAAUCAAAAGUAAAAAUGUGCUAAGUCUCUUUGAUGAUGAAGAGGACAACGGCUUUGAAAAUCAUACAGAGAAAAGUAUUACACAAAGAGAACCUGGAAAGGCUUCCUCUGAGACGAGCUCCCACACAAAGAGCACAGGAGUGUUUCAAGAUGAAGAACUUCUGUUUAGCCAAGAAUUACAGAAAGACAAUGACCCUGAUGUGGACCUGUUUGCUAGCUCUAAAAAGCCACCGUCUGAAAAAUCAAGCCAUGCAAAACCAUCAGCUGGAAUGGGCUUGUUUGGAGAUGAGGAGGAAGAUGAUCUUUUCAGUACGGCUAAACCCAAAAAGGCUCCGAAAGUGCCAGAGAAGAAACCUAUGAACAUAAAGGAUAGAGCUGAUAUCCCUAAAGAACCCCCCAAAGCAACUGAAGUGAAAGAAGCUAAUAUUUUAAGGAAAGAAAAUGCAGAGUGUCCCACAGAUUCUGUCUCAGUAAAAUCAAAGGGUCCCUCCUCUCGGAUUGGGAAACUACAAGCAAAUCUGCAUAUUAACCCAGCUGCAAUGUUACCAGGGGCAGUCCCCAAAUUCCCAGGAAUCAGGCCUGCCUUUGUAGGCAUUUCACUGUCACCUCAUGCAGAUACAACAGAGAGCAGCACUUCACCCACUGCUAGUACUGGAAUAGAAGGUGUCAGCUUUGAAAGCCCAGUGCAGAUUGAUACUCUACAUAGCGCAAAUAAGACAAGACCCAAGAAUGCCAGAAGGCGGCCACCUACAAGAAUGGGCAGAAAACUUUCAUCACAAGACUCUGGUGAGACAGAAGACCACUCUGGAGUUGCACCCACCUCAAAUAUGGCUGAUGCAACGCCUGCAUUGGGACCAUCUAACUCACACCAGCAAUUAGAUCCAACUAUUUCUACAAUGAAGCUGUCAUUGUCAGAGAAUGAUGUACAGUCCAGAGCGAACACAAAAGUCACAGCAAAGCCUCUAACACCCGACAUAAAUGACUUGUUUGGGUCUGAUCUUUUUGCAAAAAGUUUAUUACCCACCCCUGAUGCCUCCAGAAAGCAAGACCAUCCUCCUGAUAACUCAUUCACCAACAAGCCUGGGCUGGGGGCUGAAAAGAAAUCCUCUGCUUUGGUGAUAGACGCUGAGAACAGCGAUGAUGAUCUUUUUCAGACAGUUAAACACAAGUCUGUAAAAUCACCCAAACCAGCCUCAGUAAUGAAUAGUGAAGCCAGAGAUGACCUUUUCGGAGCUUCAAAACCCCAGAAGAAAGUGGAUAUAAAGACCGUCCAGCCCAAAGAAGCAAAGUCAAAGGCCAGCAAUAUAUUUGAGGAUGACAUAUUUGCAACCGAAGUAGUAAAACCAGUUAAAAAAACAAAAGAAAAGAAACAGCCAUCGGAAUCCAAUCUCUUUGACGAGCAUGUCGAUAUAUUUGCUGAUCUGACACAAAAAGGUAAAGAGAAGAAAUCUAAGAAGAAGGUGGAGCCCAAAUCAAUAUUUGAUGAUGAUAUGGAUGACAUAUUUGCAUCAGGAAGUGUAAAAAAUACCAAGCAAAAAGCGAAGCCCAGUGAAGCAUCAGUAGAAGUGAAACCCGAGAGCAAAGUUUCCAGCAUUUUUGAUGAUCCUUUAAAUGUUUUCAGCAAAUAAACCAGCAAGUACAAACUCCAGUUGAGACUGUUUGCACUGAGCGAUAUAAAGGACUUGUGAGCAUUACACCUAUUACUCAAGCAAAAAAAAAAAAAGAAGCAUUUUGUGGACAUGUGCAGAUUCUCCAUUUUUAAAGCUUUUUUUUCUCUUUUCUGUGCCAAACAUGCUCUUAAACAUGCUCUGUUGCGACCAAAGCUAAAAAUGUACCCUAAUUGAAAUGAUCAUGAAUGACCACUUUUGUCUGGGCAUGAUAUAUAAUAUCUGGGCAUACAUGACUGUACCCAGGGUUUAAUAGCUUAGUGAUUUAACCAAAGAGCAUGGUAUAAGUAUUCAUGUUCUGUCAUAACUUUGUUCAUAGCCAGAAAUAAAAAAGCAUCAUCUGAA